AUGGCGUUCUCCGUCAAGGGAAAAUCGGCUAUUGUAACAGGUGCAGGUUCAGGGAUCAACUUAUGCUUUGCCAAACUUUUGCUCGAGAAUGGAUGCAAUGUCCUAAUCGCAGACUUGGCCCUCCGACCUGAGGCACAGGCGGUGGUAGAGAGAUAUUCCGGUCAGUCAAAUUCAUCCAACCGGGCCGUCUUCCAGAAGACCGAUGUUGUCGAUUGGAGACAACUUGAGAGAAUGUUUGAGGUUGCGGUCAAGGAGUUCGAUGAGGUGGACAUUGUAUGUCCAGGUGCUGGAAUCUUCGAACCUCACUGGACGAACUUCUGGAGACCACCCGGUACUCCAGACAGCCGGGACCCACCCGAUGGAGGCCGCUACGCCUUACUAGACAUCAACUUGACCCAUCCGAUCCGCACGACCCAGUUGGCCAUAUCUCAUUUUCUCCGCGCUCGGGGUCACAAGAAUCCCAAACAUAUCAUUCACAUCUCGAGCAUCGCUGGCCAGAAUGCUUUUCUGGCAUCGCCCAUCUAUGUCGCUACAAAACACGCCAUCAAUGGUCUGGUGCGGUCGCUUGCCAAGCUUGAUGGGCAAUAUGGCAUCCGGGUGACGGCUGUCGCGCCGGGCGUCAUCAAAACCCCUCUAUAUACGGAUAAUCCUGAGAAGAUGAAGAUGGUUGAUGAUAAGGCAGACGAAUGGGUGACGCCUGAGGAGGUCGCUGAGGUGAUGCUGGCCCUUAUCCAGCAAGACAAGGUCAGUGAGACCAUUGGCGAUAAGACAGGACAAGGGCCUCAAUGUCUAGUGCAAGGGGGAACCAUUUUGGAAGUGUCCAAGACUGUUCGCUCCGUUAGUGCAUUCAACGAUCCUGGACCGGCAGGAAGACCCGGGAACACUAUAUCGGAUAUGAACAAGGUGGAGGACGAAGUGUAUGAUUUGUUAUCGACGGAGGGGUGGGGAGAGUCGAGAGUCAAGUUGUAG